AUGUCAAACCCAUUCUGUUCGCUGUGGAGACUGUUCAUCGCGCUCUCCUGCCUUCAAUUGACGCACGCCCUGCGCAACAUCACGGUCGACAACAAAGACUCGUCUAUUCAAUGGUUUGGGAACUGGAGUGAGGCGGGGGUUGGGUUUGGAAACCACCUGGGAGGGUCCUAUCAAUCGACGCAGGACAGGACAGCCUACGCCGAGUUCAAAUUCACAGGUGUCGCCGUCUACUUUGUGUCCGCACGUUGGCCGCAGGCUAUCACCACCCAAAUUACGCUCGACCCUGCACUGCCGAACUCGCGUCCACUGCUGUUGAGUCUAGAAGACUAUGAAACGCCAACCGUGGACAAGGACUUUAACCGAGCGGCCAUCCUCGCUAGUGCAACCGGGCUCGCCAACACGGAACAUACCGUUCGCGUCGAGAUGGGAAGCGACGAGUCGGCGAGUUAUGCCAUUUUUGAUGCUUUCAUUUACACCAUUCUGGAAGAGAGUGAUAUUGCUCUAGCUCCUAACCCGUCGACUAACAACUCGUCUUCCACCCCCGCCUUCUCCCCUGUUCCAUCAAAUCUCAUCACGCCACUGGAAACCGCAUCCUCAUCGCCUACCCCUAUCCCCACGACGGCCACGACAAACCACGAUGAUUCGUUCGAGCCCAGCGGCAGUCUUUCCCGUGCCCAGCUCUCCAUUCUCCUCAUCUGUAUCUUUGUCUUUCUCUUCUUCGGAUGCUGCGGGAUUCUUGCUUGGAAGUACAAGCUAGUGCGAAGGGACAACGUGGAGGGCGAUGAGCCGGAGACGACCUUCAGGCGCGCUGAACGAGCUGAAGCUGGAGAGGCAAAGCCCCGGAUUGUCUCCGAGGAUCUGACCGAGAAGAUGAAGCGUGCGUUGUGCGAGAAGGAUCGGGAUGAUACCGUUAGCACAUAUGGCGAUGACCUCGUCUUCGAGGGAGGUGGUAAGAGGAUCCCGCGUGACCAAGUGAGGGAUGGUGCGCAGUAG